AUGGCUGGAUACGCAUCUCGGUUGCAAUCACAAUCCGAGUUUCUGUUCAAAGAUGAGAAGGUAGCUGUGGACUUCCUCGAUUAUCGCGAACUGGACAAUCGCUUCAGCUCAGCAUGCGUCAAAAACCAACGAGAGUUGGAACUCAUACUUAGCUGUAGACACUCAUUAACACCUGAGGCUGCCGAUCCGAGAUUCAACAGCAGCUCAACUUUCGGAGACGAGAAGACGUUGCUAGCAUCCCCUGAAACAACGGUAUCGCCAGAGCUACCCUCUGUGUCUUCCGAUGGCGGAGCAGACAAGGAUGACAAGUUCACUUUCAAGAACCUUCAAGCUAUACAACAUAUUGAGGAGAAGGCACAGGAAGCCAUGCUUGUGCUAAAGCUGAACACUGAAGUUCUUGAGCAACUGAGGUUACACUACGACGAAGUUGCAGAGCAUGCCGAGUUUCCUCAAGAAUUGAAGGAUGGCUGCAAGGCUAAUCUCCAUCGGUUCAACAAGGGUAUAAUUGGAGUAGAGAAAGAUAUGCACAUGCUGCAGUCAAGAACCGAGACGCUGCUGCACCUUCUGGCUAAUCGGAAGAACUUAAUGAGCGGUAUACUACAGCACCGAAGCUCCAAAGCCAGCGAGUUCUACGCUAAAGAGUCUCGAGAAUCCGCGGCUCGCAUGGAAAUUAUGACCGUGAAGAUGCAAGAUCUUGCCAUGAAGACGAAACAAGAGACUGUCUCCAUGAGGGUUAUCACCACCGUGACCCUCUUCUUUCUUCCAGCAACCUUCAUCGCCACGUUCAUGAGCACUGACAUUCUCAACUUCGAACAUGGUAAACAAGACCUGCAAAUGCAAGGCCUCCGGCUAUAUCUCAUGAUUGCUCUCCCUGCGACGGCCCUGACCUUUGUCGCGUGGUACUUCAUAUAUUACUUCGCCAGAAGGGAAGCUCGGUCGAACGAUCAGUCCGAAGCAGUUGGGGAGGCCUGA